AUGGCAAGACAAAAUCGAUCAGAUUAUGAUGAUGAAGAGUCGGGUGACGAGAUGUAUGAACUGAAUGAAAUCUUUUCUAAAUUUAAAGACGAUCCACGUGAGGAUUGCAUACGAGUGAAACAUUUAACGGAAGUGAUUCAAGCGCUUGGUCGUAAUCCAUCGAUGAAAGAUGCUGAAGAAAGAAUCGAUGAACUUGAAGCCAUAGAAUUGUGUCUCGUUUUAGGGAAAUAUGAACUGACACUCGAUGAUAUUUUACAAAUUCUUCGUGAACCAUGGACGGUGGUUAACAAUGAUCGCGACGAUCUUCGUCAUGCACUAGAAAGAUUCAAACAUGAGCAUGACGAUUACAUUGAUGUUGAACGAUUUAGUCAAGCAAUGAGCACACUCGGCGAACCGCUAGCGAAAAGAGAAGUGGAUGAUUUAAUACGAUUAGGCCUAACUAAUGAUCAAAAGAAGAUCGAUAUUGAGUAUUUACUUGUUCAAUUACUUGGUGACAAUGCAUGA